UCAGAUGACUAGAAGAAGCAUCUUCUUUCUCGAUGGCCAUUGGCAUUCUGGCCGGUGAUAUCACCAGCGGAGACCUAAAGGACCCCUCGAAGGCGAUCCCAGGCGCAAUCUCGGUCAUCAUCCUGACGUCGAUUUCGUCCGUCGGAACGGCAAUUGUGGCCGAUGUUACUGUGGUGAUUGACGCCACCGGAAAUGUUUCGGAAUUGGCCAACGGGUCGUGGAUCUAUGCCGAUUGUGCCCCGGAGAAGUACGAGUACGGAUUACACAACUCGUUCCAGGUCAUGGAGUUGGUAUCUGGUCCAAUCAUCUACGCCGUGUACGCCGAAAAGGGUUUCUCUGCUGUCAGCAGAAUCGGCAAACUUUGACCACAUAUCACACUCAAAAUAAUCUACAUGUUGAUGCUACGUGAAAAAUCACGUAACCCCGAAGUUCCCCUAGCUAGGACCAAUUUACGUGACACACGUAAAAAUAAUAUGAAAGUGUACUGGCAAAAAAAUGUUUUCACGUUGAAGUUAUGUGAUAAACCUUAUAGUAUUUUUCCACUAGGUUUUUUCAUGUAGCUGUUAUGUGUUUUGAAAUGUAACUUCAACGAACCUUUUUUCUCGAGUGCCCCCAAGUUCUACGUGAUUAUUUUAGUAUAAAAAUUUACGGCGAACGGUGAAGACCUGUUGCCGGACUGUGCUCGUAAAAUUUCUUGAAAAAUGUAAAAGUUGAACCGGUCUCUGGAAGAAGAAUUUAUUAUCCCUGUGGACAUUCUGACCGGAGCUAACAUUAGCGACCUGACGGACCCCUAAAGGCAAUCCCGGUUUCUUCAGUCGGAAUGGCUAUCAAGAUCGGUGCUACCGUGCUGACACCACCUUCCGGACAAGGCCGUGGGCAUCGCCGAGUGUUUCCUGGAGAAGUGCUAAUGGAGCUGUUGUCCGUCUUUGGACCGAUCAUCUACACCGGGUGCUUUGCGGUCACCCUCAUGCCGGCCAGAACAAGGAUGAUGCCCAAGCGUGUGGUGCUAAAUAAC